UUCGGAUUGAAAGAUGCCACGUACGAAGGUGACAGACGUCUCAGGGAACGGCGGCGUGAAGAAGAAGAGGGCCAGCGGCAAGAAAGAGAGGGACUUCAGUAGCGACGAUGAGUUCGAUUUCGAGCAGGAAAACAACAAGAAACCGGGAAAGCUCUCGGCCAAGUCCGGUCUGCAAGCCCGUCACGGUGGCAACGACGUCAAAGAGAAAAUAAAACUUGAGGGCCCAAAGGUGAAAGGUCAGCUGCUCAUCUUUGGAGCAACCAACUGGGAUCUGAUUGGAAGAAAGGAGGUGCCCAAACAACAAGUGGAAAAAAACAUGGGGCAGAAUUGGGGGCCCCACCGCUACGGCUGCCGGGGUGACGUCCAGGGGGCUGCGUGGGGCGGGCCCUGUGCCGGCCACUCUCGGUUUCCGGUUUCCGCAGGUCGUAACGAGAAAGGCCAGCUGGGCCACGGAGACACCAAGCGCCUGGAGGCCCCCAAGUUAAUCGAGGCCCUGGCGGAGCACGUGAUAGUGGCCGCAGCCUGUGGACGCAAUCACACCCUGGCACUCACAGAGAGGGCACUGCUCCCUUUUUGGCGAGAACAACGGGGGCCCCGCCAAAGGAAACCAGCCCGACCGGUGCUCAGCCCGUCCCCCAAUUUCUACAAGGCCAGCCGUGGUAAAGUGGCCUGUGGUGCCGAUUCAGCUGGUGGUGGACUGCAAAGGGAACCUGCUCCUCGGAUGCCCCGAGUAGGACACGGGGGGCAUGAAGAGGCAGCGGGAGACCCGCCCCCUGCUUCCCAAAGGGCGGCCAGGGACGCCCGGGGCCCAAAAGCGUGGUUUCCGGGACUGGCCGCGGCUGCAACCCCACACUGGUGCUGGGCUCCCAAAGCGCGUGUUCAGUGGGGUUUCGGGGGGAGGGGCCUGGGUCACACGGAGCCAAGGACAAUGGUUCCUCGGUCGAAGCUGUUUGACUUCCCCGGGCGCGGCGCCAGUCAGAUCUGCACCGGCUACCAGUGUUCCUUCGCCGUCAGCGAAAUGGGCGGGCUGUUCUUCUGGGCGACCAACACCUCCAGAGAUUUCCACAUGUACCCAAAGUUGUGCAGGACCUGUGCGUGUUGGAAGAUCAGCGUUGUGUGCGGGAAGACCAGCAUCAUCAUUGCUGCAGACGAGAGUAUGAUCAGCUGGGGACCCUCGCCCACCUUUGGAGAGCUGGGAUACGGAGACAACAAACCCAAAUCCUCCACCACCGCCCAGGAGGUCAAGACCCUGGACGGGGUCUACAUCGAGCAGGUGAUGAUGGGCUACUGCCACUCCCUGGUGAUCGCCAGGCAGGACACCGAGCAGGAGAAGGAGAAACUGAAAAAGCUGCCCGAGUACAACCCACGGACAAUCUGACCGGGUUUGGAGGAGGGGGGGGGGGGAGGUCAACGACACCUCAGCCUCUGGUUCCCCUGCAGCAGACCGGCGCCGCCCCGGUGGGACGGUCGAGGCCCCGGAGGACAUCCACGCAUCUCGACUACCACACCAGCACGCUGGCUCCGCACCAAUUUGGACACUUGAGAAUCUGAGAAAAUGGGACUGGGGACGGACGGAGUCCUCGUAUGGCAAGACCCUCCUCACCGCCCACGCCGGGUAAACCUGCAACGGUUUUGCUCCGAGCACUUCCCGCCGAGCUGUAGAGUCGUGCUUCCCCCAUUUAAAAAAAAAAAAAAAAAAAAAAAAAAAAAAAAAAAUAUUUGUGAUACAGCCAAACAUUCAUGUUUUCGUUCUGUUUUUUCUUCGUUGCAGUAUAUAUGAAAUGAUGAAGCUGUCUGUGACAUUUACGGGUGCUACGACGGGACCCUCGGUCUUUUUCCUACUGGGGGUUUUUCAAAGACCAAUACUCCAUACCUGUGCCUUUUUCUACGUGUGCGUUCAGGAUAUGGAAGUGUGUGUGUGUUUGUGUUGUUCGGAGGAUCAGCUGAUCACUUUGA